AUGUCAGCUUCCCUAGUCCGAGCCACUGUCCGGGCUGUCAGCAAGAGGAAGCUGCAGCCCACCCGGGCUGCCCUAACCCUGACACCUUCAGCAGUACACAAGAUAAAACAGCUUCUUAAAGAUAAGCCUGAACAUGCAGGUGUGAAAGUUGGUGUUCGAACCAGAGGUUGCAAUGGCCUUUCUUAUAUUUUAGAAUAUACAAAGACAAAAGGAGAUUCUGAUGAAGAAGUUGUUCAAGAUGGGGUCAGAGUGUUCAUCGAAAAGAAAGCACAACUCCCCCUUUUGGGAACAGAAAUGGACUACGUAGAAGACAAAUUAUCCAGUGAGUUUGUGUUCAAUAACCCAAACAUCAAAGGAACGUGUGGCUGUGGAGAAAGCUUUAACAUCUGA